ACAUUAACGCGCAUCUGUUAAUUAAACACCACCGACAAAACUCGAAGUGCCAUAUAGUCUCAAGUCAAAUCCAGUCUCGAUUCCAGUUUUGUUUCCACUGCAGCAAGAGCUCAAAUCUCGAAUCUUUGUAAGAAGCCCAGAUCUACUCGUAUGGCGAAGCACACGGCGGCGUUGAAAGCCGGACUGACCUUGCUGGCGCUGAGCAUGAUUGGUUACAUACUCGGUCCUCCUCUCUACUGGCACCUCACCGAGGCACUGGUCGCUUCCGCCUCUUCUUGCUCUCCUUGCGUCUGCGACUGCUCUUCCCUGCCUCUCCUCACCAUCCCCAAAGGACUCAGCAAUGGAUCUUUUGGAGAUUGUGCAAAGCAUGACCCAGAGGUGAACGAAGACACAGAGAAGAACUAUGCUGAGCUCUUAACAGAGGAACUGAAGCAACGCGAAGCAGCAUCGAUGGAGAAACACAAACGAGUAGACACAGGUCUGCUAGAGGCCAAGAAGAUCACAUCCUCUUACCAAAAGGAGGCGGAUAAGUGCAACUCCGGUAUGGAGACUUGUGAGGAAGCAAGAGAGAAGUCGGAAAAGGCACUUGUGGAGCAGAAGAAGCUGACUUCUAUGUGGGAACUCAGAGCUCGUCAAAAAGGAUGGAAAGAGGGAGCCACCAAGUCUUCUGUUAAAUCCAAAAGCAGUGUUCAGGCUUCUUAGUGGCACACCUAAGUUAUUUUUAUGUCACACGAAAGAAAAUUACUGUGUUCCAUGUGUCUGUGAUUUUGAUUUAUAAUAUUGUCUUGUAGUUCUGUGAUGGAUCAGAUUGAAUGAAACAUUGUACGAAAACAACAAUGUAUUAAUGGAUUUUUGAACAAAUUUAUUACAAAUCAA